CCGAACUCUCCCUUUAAGCUCUUUUUAAAAAGACCCGUACAACUUACUGCACGCUAAACGCACACUUUAAAGGUCAAGAUUUGGUCAACCCAACUAUCUAAUUCCUUCUCUCCCCUCCAGCACUCAGAGGCCAUUUCACAUUAUCAGUUGAUGAGGAAACUCUGAUGGCCCCGGUGCAUUAAAGAAGUCUUACGUCCAUUUAAUUUAAUUAAUUGGUGAGUUCUGCCCUCAAAUUUGUGUCGUGGGAUUACUGAGUGUCAGUUUGGUGAGGAGGAAAAUCACAAAGCCAAAGAGGAGAGUGGGAGUCUUUUGAAAAAACAUGAAAAUAUGAAACUAGCUCAUGAGGCAGUCUGUUGUAUUUUCUUCUGAGGAUGUUAUUUACAUCUGGUAUAGAAAGGCUUUAGACACUUAAACGCACCGUCUUGCCGCCUUUCGCUGUAUUGCAUGCAUUUAAUGGUGUUAGAUUAAGUGUGAUUUUUUUGUGGUACUCAAAUCUUAAGCGUACUUGCUGUUACCCUCUUCAUCUGAAAAGGCCUAAAAACAAUUACCGUUCAAUAAUGAGUGAUGUUUGUUUCUCCCUGUCAUUAAUUACAGUUAAUCAAAGACAGCAGAUGACUUAAAAGCGCCACUCUGCAAAGAGCUCCCAGAGGUCAACUGACAAAACAUUAUCCUCUGGGUACAGCACUUCCAGGAAAAUGAUCAAACAACAGCACGAAAAGCAAAAGCAAAAAAAAAAAAUACACAUUUUUAAAGGACGGCGUGAUAGAUCGUCCUCGCAAAUGCGUCACAAAAUUAUUAAUCAGCACCUCACUACUAUUAUCUGCUCCCCAAAUCAACACAUUAAGGUGAAAAAUGCAGGCGUUCAAAAUCCUUAUUUUCUUUCCAUGAGGACUCGACCAUUUAUAAAAAGAUUAGGGAAGGUAAAGAUGCUCCCUUAACUCUAAUGUGCAUCAGCUCUUGCUGUCACCAAGUGACGAGUCUUUGAACGGUGUGUCUGUGUAUCCAGUCCUUUGCCAUGGUUGAGGAAGAGGCCAGCAGAAAGGCUUCAUUGCCCUCUUGUGGUGAAAACGUGACAUCUAUCCUGCUCUGUCAGUCUGCCUUUCAGGAGGCCUUCUAUGAAUCACAGCAUGAAUACUGUAUGUGAGGAUGUUUGUCAUAUGGAGACCAUGACAAGGUAGGAAAGAGAAGACGUGUGUGCAGCUAGAGGGAACUGAGAAGUUUCCACUCUUAAUUCUGUGCUCGACCUGAAGAGUUGAGUUUUGAUUGCACAUUUCACAGCUGUAACAGACUGCGGGGCCGUGAGGCAGGUCGGACAGCUCGACAGUGGGCCGACUGAGAGGAAACCAACAGUGAGAGCCCAAAUACAGUUUUCUGAGGUCAAGACCAUCAUCGAGAUGGCCGACAGAGAGUAGGUCAGAACCCGGAUAUCUUGGUGCCAGGACAGCAACCUCCAUCUCACCACGGCAUCCGGUCCUGCACCACCAUGCUCAAGGACAGCCUCAUCCCUCAGGCCGUAGGACCAAGCUCUGAACUCAUCACUCUGGCGACGACAUUUCCAGACAGCGCUCAUUUCUCCGGAGGACCCUGAACGCCUCGCUCAGAGCAGUGGACUGAGAAGGACGAUGAAAACAAAAAUGGACAUCAAACGAAAAUAGCCAGCCGUCAAUGUCAGACCUCUGACUGGCACAUCACGAAGAACCUGAGGGGAAAAAAGAAGUGAGAGGCCAGAGUCCAGAACAAUGGAGGCUCGCUAUGGUAACAUUGUGUUCAGCUCCAAGUUCGACUCAGGGAACCUGGCACGUGUGGAGAAGGUGGAGAAGGGCAGCUCCAGCCCUCCUACUGACACAGCUCCCAGCGGGGGUGCCCUCUCAGGGUCAAAUCUCACCCCUGACUAUGAGUUCAAUGUGUGGACGCAGCCAGACUGCGGCGGCACGGAGCACGAGAAUGGAAACAGAUCGUGGUUUUACUUCAGUAUACGAGGUGCUGCACCUGGGAAGAUACUGAAGAUCAAUGUGAUGAACAUGAACAACCAGAGGAAGCUCUACAGCCAGGGCAUGGCUCCGCUCGUACGCACGUUACCUGGCAAGAACCGGUGGGAAAGGAUCAGAGACAGACCCACAUGUGAGAUUAUAGAUAACCAGUUCAUCCUCUCAUUCACUCACCGGCUGCUGGAGACGCGAGGGGCGACCACCUACUUCUCCUUCUGCUUCCCAUUCUCCUAUAGUGAGUGUCAGGAGAUGCUGCAGCAGUUUGACAAGAGCUACCCCAACGCUGCUCAACUCAGUCCGAGCAGCGCCCCAGGCAGUGUGUAUUAUCAUCGGGAGUUGCUGUGCCACUCUCUGGAUGGUAAUAGAGUGGACCUGCUCACUGUGACCAACUGUAACGGGAUGGAAGAGGAGAGAGAACCCCGUCUGCCUAAACUGUUUCCUGACACCAACACUCCAAGACCGCACCGCUUCUCCAGCAAAAGGGUGUUUUUUCUCAGCAGUCGAGUGCACCCCGGGGAGACUCCCUCGUCCUUUGUGUUCAACGGUUUCCUCAACUUUAUCCUGAGAAAAGACGACCCACGUGCUCACGCCCUUCGAAACAUGUUUGUGUUCAAGCUCAUUCCAAUGCUCAACCCAGACGGGGUUGUUCGUGGACACUACAGGACUGACUCCAGGGGUGUGAACUUGAACCGACAGUACCUGAACCCCAGCCCUGAGCUGCACCCUUCCAUCUAUGCAGCCAAAACACUCUUGCUCUACCACCACACCCACAACCGCCUGCACAGCACACAGUCCAGCCCUCACACUAACAGCCCCACACACACUCAGGCCCCGCCCCUCAGCAUCAAACCCGCCAACCAGCAUCAGUCUCCGCCCUUCACUGCGCUUGAAGUCAGCUUAAACCAACGAAAUGCAGAAAAGGAUGCAAAUCCUGCGCCGCCAGAGGUUCCCAUGGUGAUGGAGGAAAACGCCUGGGUCAACACGGAGAUGGGGAAGGGGGACCACAACAGCUCAUCAAGCUCCACAGAGACUGUAGCUCCUGUUACUGUGGAGGUAACAGAACCACAGGUGGAGGAGCAGGAACAGGAAUCAAUUCCACCCCAGGAGGGGGGUGUGGCUUAUUAUGUGGACUUACAUGGCCACGCCUCUAAACGGGGAUGCUUCAUGUAUGGAAAUAGCCUUCCUGAUGAGAGCCAGCAGGUAGAGAACAUGUUGUAUCCAAGGCUGAUAGCUGUGAACUCUGCCCACUUUGAUUUCCUGGGCUGUAACUUCUCUGAGAAAAAUAUGUACGCACGGGACAAGAGAGAUGGCCAGUCUAAAGAAGGCAGCGGGCGGGUGGCCAUUCACAAGGCCAUAGGGCUGCUUCACAGCUACACUCUAGAGUGCAACUACAACACAGGAAAAACCAUGAACACCAUCCCACCUGCUUGUCAUGACAACGGACGAGCGACCCCUCCUCCACCGCCAUCAUUCCCUCCAAAAUACACUCCAGAGAUAUUUGAACAGGUGGGGCGUGCUGUGGCGAUCUCAGCCCUGGAUAUGGCGGAGUGUAACCCGUGGCCACGCCUGGUGCUGUCUGAGCACAGCUGCCUGAUGAACCUUCGAGCUUGGAUCCUCAAACACGUCCGCAACACCAAAGGCCUGAACGCACACAUCAACGCUCAUCCUCCACCGAGAAUACACCACAAUGGCAGCAAGGUGUCACCGCCAAAGAGCUUCAACAACUGUCUGUCUGGCUCAGCGUCGGAGAACACGCUCAGCCGCAUUCGCUGUAACAGCCACGGUAGCAGCAGCCAGACGCCCUCCCCGAAGAUGCACAACUCCCCGAGCUUUACUUUUGGCUGCCCCCCAGCCCGAACACACACACAGCACAACGGCACGCACACCAGUGGACGCGGAGGCAACAAGACACUCGGGCCAGUCAGGGACCCUAAGCCUCAGGAGAAGAGACGCCCCCCCCACCACCGCUCCAUCCUACGGUCUCCCAGCAACAGCCACACACCCUCCCGCCCCCCACUCUCACCCCCUUCCUCCUCCUCCUCCUCGUCUUCCUCUGUGUGUGCAGCGGGCUCCUGUCCCCUCCCGGCCUCCGUCAGUAUGACAGGCCUCAGCUGCCCAGACUUUCAGGCAGGAGGACCCAGUUCAGCGGGUUGGUCCAGAAUGCCUUUCCCCACGCGUGCUGGGCGUGUGGGGAGAGGCUGCCGAACCCUCACUAUCACUCAUCACCCUGCAGAGGCCCGCACAGAGACGACUAAAGACUUGGGGCCUGAACACAUCCUGUCCUCCAUCAAAUUUAGCAAGUGUGAGCUGCAACCUCACUUGAGCCGCAUCCCCAUCCGGAGGGCGGGGUCGACGGAAACCCCUCCUGCACCCGACAGUAAAACGUCCCCUACCAGCAUUAACCCCGUCUCAUCUGGAGGAAAGGAGGAGUCGGCCACCAUGAAGGUCUGGAAGCUGCUCAAACCCGGCCUCCAUCGACACUUGUCGCUGUCAGGUGUAUCAGGGAAAGAGGGCGCCAUGCAGUUGGCCUCUAAAGCACUGAUGAAGAAGAGCCCAGACAGGAGUCUCCACUACAAAGGAAAUGCGAUUAUAGAAACUGCACACGAGCAGGAUGAAACAGUGCAACAGGUUGAGGAAGCUCCUGUGAUGCCUCUGCCUGAGACGGUGAACAUGUGUGAGACAGUGACGCUGUGUGGAGAAGCGUAGGAACUGCACGGAAGAGGAGACUCGUGUUCGUAUCUGCUAAAUGUGAACCUAAGUUACUUUAUGUGAUGAAACCAGUUAGAGGAAACAGGAGCGGGCAUUGUCAUCACAGAGGGAUUAUUUGAGGGCAUUUUAAUGUGCAAUACAACAAUUCUCAUACUAUUCAGAUUUUUACAGAGCAAACAUGGUGUUUUCAACCAUAACGUUCAACAUGGUCAAACUGCAGAGCUGCCCGGUGCCACUGAGCAGCUUCACUGCAGCAGCUUGAGCUUUAGUGCCUUGCUCAAUGAAACCACGACUGUGGCUGAAGUUUUCCACCUGAUCAAAAAUCCGUAGACUUGAAAUAUCAUUUAACCUUUCAGCUACCGUUACUGUACUUCACAUAUCCCUUUUUUUUGUAGUUCAUUUCGUUGCCUUCUGCUCCCACAGAAAGAUGUUCAAUGCACUCUGACCAACACUGUAAUGCACUAAGUAUUUUUACUGUUACAGCAAAGGGUUGAUUUUAAUUCAGACUGACAAGCACAGCAGCACCUUUAUAACCUCCUGAUUUCCAUUGUGACUGUAGAAACAAAUGUGUGAGUGAAGUGUGUAUUUAAUGCAGUUAUUCCAGAAGUUGUUUGUGUUGUGCAUAUAGUGCGUCUAAAAGGAAUUCAUCCCCAAUGGACUUUCUCAAGGAGGAUUUUUGACAACAGCAAAGAAAUUCAAAUGUGAAUUUUAAAACAGUAGUGAGCCCAGGAAGUGCAAAUAUAAAUGAAUAAUGAAUAAGCUGUAUAUAUUCAGUCCCAUUCGUACAGUUAUCACUGGUCCAGCCAGCUGAAUUGUGACUGAGUGUUGAUCACCUGUGUGUGACAAGUGACUGUAGCAUAAAUACACUUGUGCCCGAAAGGUCAAGCUACUUGUUAGAAAGGACGAUAAUGACAAGGCUACUGAGAAGUACCAAUCAGAGUAAUGUAACAAAAAAAAUCAAGGCUGUACGGCUGGGUAGUGUUGAAAAAAAUGAUGACACCAGUACCCUUUGAGUGACACUGAUACCAGAGUAUUUGAUACCCAUCACAGGCAUUUAGUAUGGCCUUACAUUGGAGCGUUUUGGUGGCAGCUCGGCUCACUGAACUGUCAACUCGGCUGCAGUAGUGGGCCUAUUACACAUUGCAUUAAAUAUAAGGACGUUUGUAGUGGGGGCGCCCAGUCAUUCAGUAGGUAGGACAUACGCCUCACAUAGAAAGGCAGGGUCCCUGCAGCAGCGGCCGCAGGCUCAAUUCCAGCCUGCAGUCCUUCCUUGCAUGUCGUCCUCCCACCAUGCAUCAAAAUAUUUAAAGUAUCCUGUCACUAAAGGCAAAAAAAGCCCCAACAAUAACCUAAAAAAACACUUGCAGUGAUUAUAAACAAGCAGAACCAUACAAUGUAUGGAUGUAUGAAUGUAAAAAUCAUUUGACGAGUUUAAUUACUACUUGGUAUUCGUAUACUUCGGUGAACACCUUCAGGUAUUGUGUACAGGUACCCAGCCCUCUGAAAAUCACCUGUAAAAUAAGGACGGUUAUCGAAAAUGAAAAAAGAUGGCACAAGUGUAAAUCUGCCUACAGCAGGCCACCCUCAUUAUCAAUGUGAAAUGGACCCUCCUGAGAGAGGACACCAAAUCCCAUGUAGCCUGGCAGUGGCUGCGUCUGCCGCAGCCCACCAGAGAACCGUGAUGUCAGACACUUUCCACAUCAUCUUACUGUCACACAAGUGAUUUAAAAGUAACAGUCAAAGUAGUGAAACCUGAUAAAGUCCAAAGGGUGUGUUAAUACUUUUAUACACACACUACAUAUUAUGUGUAUUGAAAAUAAUUUACCCGACACAUUCCUUUGGAGCUUUUUGCUCCACAGCUCAUCAGUGUAAGACCCUGUAAUUUAUUACCAUACAUAUAUAUAUAUAUUCAUAUCAUAAAUAUUUUGUGUAAGCAAACAGUUACAGGACGUGUCUUUAUAAAUGUAAUAAGCAUAUCCUAAACCCAGUGACAUAUGGACUGAUUUUUACCAAAUUACUUAUACUGUGACUGAUAUGAUACUGUGUUGGAACUUGAAUCAAACGUGAAGUUUGAAUAAAUCAACUUGGAAAAACAACUCCCUUUUUUUAACAUUAUAAUAAGUCAUUGAGAAUGUAUCUUAAGUGUGAGGCUGCAGAAUAACUUUAGAAAUAAGUGAAACAAUGCAAACGGCAUUCACAUAUUUUUAUUAGAAAAAACACUAGUGUGCAAUAUAACAAAGAAAUUCAUCUCUUGGGACUGAAGUGGGGAAUGUUGUUUCCAUGGUGGUGGCAGUGAGUCCCAUCUCACCU